CAAAGUUAGUAACGUUCGAGCCGCGCUUCAGUUCAAAUCCAUCUCAAAUUCGUUCGCUCUGUUCGCGUGUGUUGUAUCUUAAAGAUAGAAUUAAAAAAAAUAUAUAUAUAUUUUAUAUACAAAAAUAAACAAUAAACAGUUAUAAAAAUGAAUAAUUCCAAUUUCAUCUGUAUGAUGGUGGCUAUUGCAGCUUUGGUAAUAGUCGGCUUAUUUACACCAGCCAUGAGUCAAGAUCGACCAGUUACAGAUGUCUGCCUUGGAUGCAUUUGCGAGGCGAUCAGCGGCUGCAACCAAACCAAAACCUGUAAUGGUGAUGUUUGUGGACUUUUCCGUAUUACCUGGGCCUACUGGUCUGAUGGUGGUAAACUGACAACGAAUGGAGAAUCUUCACAAUCUCAAUCAGCUUUCCAAAACUGCGUUAACGAUCCUUAUUGUGCAGCUGAUACAAUCCAAAAUUAUAUGCGUAAAUUCGGACAGGAUUGCAAUGGAGACAGUCAAAUUGAUUGCUACGAUUAUGCUGCUAUUCAUAUGUUGGGCGGUUAUGGUUGCCAAAGUGGUAUUACCGGAUCUUAUGCGGCUAAAUUGAAUCAAUGUUUGGCCGCAUUUAGUCCAAAUGGUAAAUAAAUUGAAUAUACUUUUAUAUGAGUAUAUCUGGUCUGAUGAAAAGAAAAUGGAAAUUUUGUCUGAAAAGUUUGCUUGUUUUUAUUUUUUGGGAACUUGUUAACGCGGAAAAUAUUUUAUAAUUUGAUCUAUUUAAUAAAGAAAAAAUAAUUAUUAGAAACGAAAUAAUAUGGAAA